GGCGGCAGCGGCUGCUGCAGCGGCAGCGACAGCGGCCCGGGAGCUCUCGCGGAAGCUCAAGCCAGUUUGCUGCGGAGGCCCGGCGCUCCCAGGCGCGCGGAGGAGAUGGCUGGCACCCGGGAACAAUAUGGGUGAAAGCCAAGCCUCUGUGGUUCUUAAUGCCUCAGCAGGAUUAUUUUCACUAAAGAUGGAAACACUGGAGUCUGAAUUGACCUGUCCAAUCUGCCUUGAGUUGUUUGAAGACCCCCUUCUGCUCCCUUGUGCUCAUAGCCUGUGUUUCAGCUGUGCCCAUCGCAUCUUGGUUUCAAGCUGCAGCUCCGGUGAAUCCAUUGAACCCAUUACUGCUUUUCAGUGCCCUACAUGCAGGUAUGUUAUCUCGCUGAAUCACCGGGGCUUGGAUGGCCUCAAGAGGAAUGUGACCCUGCAGAACAUUAUUGAUCGCUUCCAAAAGGCUUCAGUCAGUGGGCCCAAUUCUCCAAGUGAGAGCCGCGGGGAGAGGACUUACAGGCCUAGUUCCGCCAUGUCUAGUGAGCGAAUUGCUUGCCAAUUUUGUGAGCAGGACCCUCCAAGAGAUGCUGUGAAGACAUGCAUCACGUGUGAGGUUUCCUACUGUGACCGUUGCCUUCGGGCCACACACCCUAACAAGAAACCUUUCACCAGCCAUCGCCUGGUGGAACCAGUUUCAGACACACAUCUUCGAGGGAUUACUUGCCUGGACCAUGAGAAUGAGAAGGUGAACAUGUACUGUGUAUCUGAUGACCAAUUGAUCUGUGCCUUAUGCAAACUGGUGGGUCGUCACCGAGACCAUCAGGUCGCUUCUCUGAAUGAUCGAUUUGAGAAACUAAAGCAAACUCUGGAAAUGAACCUCACCAACCUGGUUAAACGCAACAGUGAACUAGAAAAUCAAAUGGCCAAACUAAUACAGAUCUGCCAGCAAGUUGAGGUGAAUACUGCUAUGCAUGAGGCAAAACUUAUGGAAGAAUGUGAUGAGUUGGUAGAGAUCAUCCAGCAGAGGAAGCAAAUGAUUGCUGUCAAAAUCAAAGAGACAAAGGUUAUGAAACUGAGAAAGUUGGCACAGCAGGUUGCUAACUGCCGCCAAUGUCUUGAACGGUCAACAGUUCUCAUCAACCAAGCUGAACAUAUCCUAAAAGAAAAUGACCAAGCACGGUUCCUGCAGUCUGCAAAAAAUAUUGCUGAGAGGGUCACUAUGGCAACUGCAUCUUCUCAAGUUCUGAUUCCAGACAUCAAUUUUAAUGAUGCCUUUGAAAACUUUGCUUUAGAUUUUUCUAGAGAAAAGAAACUUUUGGAGGGGCUAGACUAUUUAACAGCCCCAAAUCCACCAUCUAUCCGAGAAGAGCUCUGUACUGCCUCCCAUGACACCAUUACAGUCCACUGGAUCUCGGAUGAUGAGUUCAGCAUCAGCUCCUAUGAGCUUCAGUACACCAUAUUCACUGGCCAGGCUAACUUCAUCAGCCUGUAUAAUUCAGUGGACAGCUGGAUGAUUGUGCCCAACAUUAAGCAGAACCAUUAUACAGUGCAUGGACUCCAGAGUGGGACACGCUACAUCUUUAUUGUGAAAGCCAUAAAUCAAGCAGGCAGCCGGAACAGUGAACCCACCCGACUAAAAACAAACAGCCAACCCUUUAAACUAGAUCCCAAGAUGACUCACAAGAAGUUGAAGAUUUCCAAUGAUGGAUUGCAAAUGGAGAAGGAUGAGAGCUCUCUGAAGAAAAGCCAUACACCAGAGAGAUUUAGUGGCACAGGGUGUUAUGGAGCAGCAGGAAAUAUAUUCAUUGACAGUGGCUGCCACUAUUGGGAGGUGGUCAUGGGUUCUUCAACAUGGUAUGCAAUUGGUAUUGCCUACAAAUCAGCUCCAAAGAAUGAAUGGAUUGGCAAAAAUGCCUCUUCCUGGGUCUUCUCUCGAUGCAAUAGUAACUUCGUGGUGAGACAUAACAACAAGGAAAUGCUGGUGGAUGUGCCCCCACAGUUGAAGCGUCUAGGUGUCCUUUUGGAUUAUGACAACAACAUGCUGUCUUUCUAUGACCCCGCUAACUCUCUCCAUCUUCAUACUUUUGAUGUGACCUUCAUUCUUCCAGUUUGUCCAACAUUUACAAUCUGGAACAAAUCCCUAAUGAUCCUGUCUGGUUUGCCUGCCCCAGAUUUUAUUGAUUAUCCUGAGCGACAGGAGUGCAAUUGUAGGCCUCAAGAAUCCCCUUAUGUGUCUGGGAUGAAAGCUUGCCAUUAAGUGUCAAGAGAGCAUGUAAUAUAGUGGCUCUCCACUUCAGCACUUCUUCCCCUCCUAAGCCUCAACUAGUGUUCCAUAUAUGAGAUACAGGAUAAAGUUCAUUGGAAGCACCCUAAAGAAAACCUAGAUAUUGUAUAUUUAAUUUUUGUGCAUUAAAGAUUAUGUUUGAAUCCAUGUAUUGAGUUACUCAGAACAAAUGAUCUGAAUAGUCUGGGUUCAUGCCAUCAGGGAAGAAUUUUAGAGGAUAUCACUCUCAUCAUUGGAGAAUUUAAAAUUCCCAGUGAUUUGGGAGCAUAAGUGAUCCUGGAAGGAAUUAGCAUUUCUAGCAGUGGCUAGUUUGGCAAGGUAUAAUUUGCACAGUGUCAAGUUAUCACAUAUUGUGUGUCACUUUUUAAUACACUAACAAUCAAGAUAUUAUAAGAAUAUCAUACAUGUACAUAUAUAAUAUAUAAAAUGACUAAAUUCAAUUAUGAGUAAAAUGACAUAAAUCAUUUUAUCUAUUACAUGUAUACAAUAAACCCUAAUUUGCCAAUUUAAAUGAGAAAUAUAUUGAAAAAAAUGAAUUACACUGUCCAUUCUUCUCCCCCAGAUGAAAUAUCACAGGUGGUGGGCAUUUUUCUCUUCUUUCCUUCUAGCCUUUCUUUCUUCCCUCUUGUCACAUAUACAAAUACAUGGGAUCAAGACACAGGAAAUGAGAAUAGACCUUGGAGAGAUCUGGGGCCAGGACAGCAAAAGAGAUGUUAAUGCUACAUAGAAAUGCCUUGUGUAGCAUAAUUUCAUUGAUAUUGCUUAAUGUGAAGAUUCAUCAGAAUUAUUAAAAAUUGUCACAGGAUAUUUCAAAGAAAUAUAUUUUUGUUAUUCUCAGAUACAUAGUGACUAAACUUAGGCUUAAAAAUAAUGGAUUUCUUUAGAACUGGUCUGACGUGGACAGUAAGAAUGGAGUGUUACGGGUUCAACAACUACAAGCAUACAAAUGCACUUGUAUUUUCAGAUGAUGCACUCCUGAAAUGCUAUUUUCCCGAUAAGUUCAAUACUCAUUAUUUUUUUUGUGAUUUUUGUUUACACUCUUCAUUCACUUAGCAUCCCCUUCAUGACAAAGAAAAACAUAAAUUCCAUCCUAGUUUUCAUCAGGCUAGCUAAACGAAAUUGAGCACAGUUUGGGAUUUCACCAGUUUUUUUUUUUUCAAAGUUUGAGUAGAAAUGCCAGAGAAAUAGAGCCUUCUUUAAGGAGCAAAGUCUACUCCUUGGUAGUUGUAAAAUGAUUACUACCAUGUAAUCGUUAAGUGCAAGUAGUAGCCAUUCCCUGGAUUGUAUGUAGCCUUGAUGCAGUGUCAAACAUUAGCCCCUCUUUCCACCAGCAUGGUGGAUUCUUAUUUAUUAAUUUGCUCAGUGAACUAUUAGAUGCCACACUACUGCUGUACAUAUUACUAAUAUGCAUCCCUUGCUCUCAAAUGACUCACUAUUAUGCACAAAAGUAAACAUAUCUCUGUAAAUCCCACCUAAUAACAUUUGUGGGUUGUUUGCUUAUCUACCACAAAAAGAAAGACCAGCGCCAAUACAAAAGGAAAGCUCAGGCUUACGUGUCAGGUGGCAAAGUCAAUUUCUUUGGUUUUAAAGUUGGUAUGUAUCUUACAGCUCAUCAGGGAAUGAGCAACCUCAGUAGAAUUCAACAUUGCUGGUGACUAGCUUGUGGUAUGAUAAAGCUCCCAGCCUUGAGAUUGAAAUAGUUCUAGCUUCUUUGCCACUUAACUAGCAGUGUGAUCUCAGGAAAGCACUUGUCCGAGCCUGUUUCCUCUUCUGUAAAAUGAUCCCCAUUUUAUAAGGCUGGUGCAAAAGUUUAAAAUUGUAGUGUGUAUCAGCUGCCUAGCAAGCACCUGGCAUUCACUAUGUGUGCCACAAUUGUUCAUCUCUUCCUCAAUCCAUUCAUUUUUGUGUUCUUUAAGUUUUAGUUCUGGGAACAGAGCUUUAUUCCCUGUUUUACUUUUAAUUGUAGCCUAGACUAUUUUUUUUCCUCAUCUCUUCUUCUCUCAGUUAACUAAUGAUCUCUGAAACUGGCUUAUGUGGCCCUCUGUGGCACUCCCCUGACACACUGAGCAGGCCCGCAGCAAUAAUUACAUCAUAUGGUAGUAUUUCUUAGAAUGCCAUUUUUAAAAUGCCAUCCUCUGAAGACUCAUUUGUAGAACCAUCCUUAGUGAUUUGUUCCUUAAACAAUUGAUUCUUGACCCCCAUUCCCGAGGUAUUUAGAAUAUCUGGGAACUAAAGAAACUUAUAUUUGGGACAAGCUUCUCAGGUUAUUCUGAUCCGUGCAAAAGUUCAAUGUAUAAUAAUUAUCUUCCCUACUAGAGUGGGACUACCUUGAGGGUAAAGACUGUGGCUUUUAUUGUUGUAUUUUAAAUACCCAGUACAGUGUCUGGAACAAAGUAGUUGCCUGGCUAAUGUUUGUUGAAAGAAUAUAUGAAUGAACAAAUGAAUAAUCAAAAUUGUUCUGUUUACUGUGAUAUCCAUUAGUGCUAUUUGCUAUUCCUGGGCAAGUUUGUUACUUAUUUAGACUGUAUUGACAUUAUUUUGUAAAUGUACUAGGGAUUAUACAUACAAAAUGAACAUUGUUCCAAAUUGGCAGUUAUCCUAGAGAAUUGUCUUUGGAGCAUGUGGUAUACCAUUCUCCCAAUAACAUUUCAUGUUUUCAUGAACAUCAAUGAACUUUGUUCUUUGAGGGUAGAUUUAAGUUUUCAUUAUGGACAGAGUUAAGCCUACUGAAUAAACUGAGAAAUUAAAUAGGGUUUGUGGGAAGCAAUGAAGCUUGAUUCUGAAAUCCCAACUUCUGAGGAACAUAAUGAAAUGCCUUCCAAGAAACAACAUGAUGGCAAAUCACUCAGAGGGCUAUGGCCAUUUCCAGAUAUUUACUUCAAUAAACUUAAGACUUUCAUAGAACACUGGCAAUGGCAGGGGCCAGAGGCUACCUCUAGCUAAAGCCAGCUGCACAAAUGGAACGUGACCAUUUAACAUUAUCAAGAAAGGUAAUCCAUAAAAGUGGUUGUUGUUGUUUUACUUGAUGAUCUAAGUAUUCAGAACUUUUUUCCUAGAAAAUUAUUUUCUGUCUGCAAUUUAUGCUUGUUUCCACUUUUUAUAUUGUCUUAUUGAAGAAAGCACAAAAUAAAGCUAAGCUUGUUUUAAGAAUAAAAAAAAUAAUAAUGCCACAUUGACAUUCUUGCUACUUGUAAGAGUAACUGCAUCUGUCUGUGUUUUUAUUAUGUAAUCCCAUUGUGUGUCUUUGGAUGCAGUGAAGUUCAUAUUGCAACAAAAUCACUUAUACAUGCUUUUCAAGUCAAACAUUCUAAGGUGAAUUCCCUCAGCUUCCAUGCUUUACAUAUUUGUAUAUGAGUACCUGGAUGGAUCAAUUUAUUGAUGUAUUUUUGAAAAAGUUCAAAUGCUGAAACCCCUUCUCUCAAGGAAUGGAAAAUGUGAGGCAGGUAGACAUGAAGCACUCCCACACUUAUUUGUAGCUCCUGAAGCCAAUCCAGCCUCAGAGCCAUUGGGCUGUAUUUGGCUGUGUAUUACAAGUUGGCCAGAUUUAUUGCCAUCAGGUCAGGCAAAACUGCCUUUGAUGGUGUAGUCUGCCAGCUUCAUAAAUAUGCUGUGUUAUUGUUAUUGGCUAGAAUAUUUAUUAGACUAUUGUUGGACUAUUUUUUAUCAAAGCUUUACCCCAGGCUUGUUUGUACUGGGCUAAUAGUGUCUCUCCUAGUAACAGAAAUAUGAGCAUCUGUGGAUUACACAGUCUCACCCUCCUCUAAAGAUUCCAACCCAUCCAAAAUGCUAUAUUAUGAA